AUCUGUUGCUCAACUCAACAGUUCAGCGGAGGAACAGAGGGAUCUGCAGGCAUUAUCUGAGAGAUUCUGCUGGAGAUCACACUCUUCAGAUCCACCAUGGAGGACACACACACUUCUGGAGAUCAGGGUUUGAUUCCAGGAAUCAGAUCAGUUCAUCAGAAGAGAGCAGAAGCAGAGCCCAGCUGUGUGUCUAUGAGGAGUGACCAGUCUAUGGGCCGAGCAGGAAAUUUUAAGAGUGAAGACACACAAUCUGCCGAGUAUAACAGCUCUAAUAGCUCAGUUCAUCAGACGAGAGCAGGAGCAUGGCCCAGCUGUGUGUCUAUGAGGAGUGAGGCGUCUAUGGAUCCAAUAAUAGACUUAAGGAAUGAAAACACUCAACCUGCUGUCCUCAGCUCAGUUCAUCAGACGAGAGCAGGAGCAGAACCCAGCUGUGUGUCUAUGAGGAGUGAUGCAUCUAUGGAUCCAAUAAUAGACUUAAGGAAUGAAAACACUCAACCUGCUGUCCUCAGUGUGGAUAGAGAUCAUCAGACUGGAGACCUGCAGCAGGAUUCAGUCCAACCAGAACAUGAUGAACUCCAGAGAGUCAAAGAGCAGCACAAAACCAGCAUGAAGAACAGGUAUGAGAGAUUAUUUGAGGGAAUCAACCAUCGAGAGACUCAAACCCUCCUGAACAGGAUCUACACACAGCUCUACAUCAUAGAAGGAGAGAGUGAAGGAGUGAAUGAAGAACAUGAGGUCUUACAGAUGGAGACAAGAGCCAGAACAGAACCCUCACAACACACUCCAGUCUACUGCAAUGACAUCUUUAAAGCCUCAGCUGGAGCAGGACAUGAGGAGAAGAUCAAGAAGGAGAAAGCCCAGAUCAAGACUGUUCUCACUAAAGGCAUCGCUGGAAUCGGGAAAACCGUCUCUGUGCAGAAGUUCAUUCUGGACUGGGCCGAGGGAAAAGCCAAUCAGGAUGUAGAUUUCAUGUUUGUGCUUCCAUUUCGAGAGCUGAACUUGAUCAGAGAUCAUCAGUACAGUCUUCACAGACUUCUGCUGGACUUUCAUCCUGAACUUAAAGAUCUGGAGCCCAAGAUUUAUGAGCAGUGUAGAGUUGUGUUCAUCUUUGAUGGUCUGGAUGAAAGCAGAAUCACACUCAACUUUUCAGAUGAGGAGAAAGUUUGUGCUGUGACUGAAUCUUCAUCAGUGGCUGUGUUGAUGUGGAGCCUCCUGAAAGGAGAUCUGCUUCCCUCUGCUCUCAUCUGGAUCACCUCCAGACCAGCAGCAGCCCAUCAGAUCCCCUCCAGAUACAUCGACCGUCUGACAGAAAUUCAGGGAUUCACUGAGCCUCAGAAGGAGGAAUAUUUCAGGAAGAGAAUCAGCGACGAGCAUCAAGCCAGCAGAAUCAUCUCACACAUCAGAAGAGCAAGAAGCCUCCAGAUCAUGUGCCACAUACCCGUCUUCUGCUGGAUCUCCUCCACUGUGCUUCAGAAGCUCCUGGAAGAAGAUGUGAGUGCAGAAAUCCCUCAAACUCUGACUGAGAUGUACAUCCACUUCCUGCUGAUUCAGAUCAACAUGAGGAAGCAGAAGUAUGAAGAGAGAGAUCCAGAGAAACUCCUGCAGUCCAGCAGAGGAGUGAUCCUCAAACUUGCUGAAGUGGCUUUCAGACAGCUGAUGAAGGGCAAUGUGAUGUUCUAUGAGGAGGACCUGAUUGAGAGCGGCAUAGACGUCACUGACGCCUCAGUGUAUUCUGGGAUCUGCACUGAGAUCUUCAAGGAGGAAUCUGUGAUUCAUCAGAGGAAAGUCUACAGCUUCAUCCAUCUCAGCUUUCAGGAGUUUCUGGCUGCUUUCCAUUUGUUUUACUUCCAAGUGGAUACAAUAAUGCUGGCACUGAAGAAUUUUGCAUCAAUUGAAAAUUUGCUGAAAGGAACAGUGGAUAAAGCUCUCUGGAGUAGUAAUGGUCAUCUGGAUCUGUUCCUGCGGUUCCUGCUGGGCAUCUCACUGGAGUCUAAUCAGAGACUCUUACAGGAUCUGCUGACACACACAGAGGAGAGCUCAGAGAGCAUCAGGAGGAGCUCACAGUACAUUAAAGACAAGAUCAGAGAUGGACAUGGACUCUCAGCUGAAAGAUCCAUCAAUCUGUUCCUCUGUCUGCUGGAGGUGAAAGAUCAGACUCUGUCCAGAGAGAUUCAGGAGUUUGUGAAAUCAGACAAACACUCAGAGGAGAGACUCACUCCUGCUCACUGCUCAACAAUCUCCUACAUGAUUGAGAUGUCAGAGGAGCCGCUGGAUGAGUUUGAGCUGAAGAAAUACAACACAUCAGAUGAGGGAAGACAGAGACUGAUACCAGCUGUGGGAAACUGCAGAAGAGCUCUGUGA